AAUCAUGAUAAUUGAGUGACUGUCUAUCGAUAAUGGAAGCACUUGAACUUUGCCGCGCCCACAGAGAAGCUCUUCUCAUUGUCGUGGGCUUUUUAUCGGGCAUCGUUAUCCACGUCACCAUCUUCAUCUGGAGUGAAUGGCACCUCCAAGCCGCUCAAAUAUUUCUUCAAUUUUGUGCUUUAUAUAUAGCAUCUCCGAUAUUAGCAAACGUUUUGCAAGGCUCGCUGGCGGGAGAGAUCUUCCAUGCAAUCGUAACUUGGGGCUACGGGUACUUGGCUGGCCUUGUGACUAGCAUUCUAGUGUAUCGAACCGUUCUACAUCCGUUAACCAGAGCUGGUUACCCGGGGCCAUGGUAUGCAAAAGUUACCAAAAUAUGGCAUGUUUGGGCCGCCAGAAACUCGAAAAACCAUCUUGUUCUUGAUGGCUUGUACAAAAAGUACGGGGCAUUUGUGAGGACAGGUCCAUCCGAGAUCACCAUUUUUCAUCCAGAUGUUUUCAUGGCAGUUGAUGGGCCACGCUCCGAAUGCGCUAAAGCAGAAUGGUAUGACAUUAUACAUCCGAGCAUGUCACUUGUCACAACGCGGUAUAAACCACUCCAUGCAGCACGUCGCCGUGAAUGGAACAGCGGCUUUACAACAAAAGCACUUUUGGAGCAUGAAGUCAAAAUCCUCAAGUAUGUCGAUAAGCUUGACCAGUGUAUCGAGGUUGAUGCCAAAUCAGGGAAAGUAACGGACAUGCGAAAUCUUCUUCUCUGGUUUGGCUUUGACAUCAUGGGCGAAUUUGUUUUCAGCAAAUCUUUUGGCAUGCUGGAGACCCGGAAAUGGCACCACAUCAUUGUCCGUUUACAGCGUGCUCUUUCUCUGCUGGGCCCAUUAACCCCAGUGCCAUGGCUCGUACACAUAGCUUUCGAUCUUGCCCCGCGGGUCAGUGUCCUGAAGGAGUGGUUUGAUAUAAUAGCAUGGUGUCAAUCACAAAUGAGGGACAGACUCGCACAUGGCAGCUCUAACCAAUCGCAAGAUUUGGCGUACUACCUGAUGGAGAAAGACUCCGAAGACCAAGGAGCUUUUGAGAGCGACAAAUUUCUCUGGGCGGCGGGAGAUAGCUUACUAGCCAUUGUGGCUGGAAGUGAGCCUACCGCAGUUGCUCUAAUUGCCGUACUCUGUGAGCUCGGCAAACACCCAGAGCACACGGAUCAGAUUUACGAAGAACUUAAAGAUGUGGAUGUCCUGGAUCUCAAGACUCUCGUCAACCUUCCGCAUCUCAAUGCUGUUAUAAAGGAAGCACUGCGUUUGCAUCCCGCACUUCUAACAGGCGGCAAUCGAAAGACGUCUGCCAGUGGCCUUACCAUUGGCGGGAGGUUCAUCCCUCCUCAUACUACUAUUGUUGCUCCCCGAUAUACAAUUGGAAGACUCGAGGACUGUUUUGAGCGGGCCUCUGAGUUUAUCCCUGAGCGCUGGACCACUCGUCCCGAAAUGGUUCUUAACCCGGCGGCCUAUGCACCAUUUGGCACUGGCCACCACAGUUGCCUUGGGAAAACCCUGGCUCUGGACACCAUGAAGUUCGUGUUGGCAAGGAUCUUGAAGAACUAUUGUUUCCGCGCUGCACCAGGGGACAAUAACCUGAGUGCCCUGGAAACGGUGAGAGAUCAAUUUACAUCUAAUCCAGGUACCUUGAAAUUACAAUUUGAGAUAAGGACUACCCCUAGAUAGAAGAAAAGUACUUUCCGCAAGUUGCUACUAUACGAUUUGAUUAUGAUAAUAUACCG